CAUUUAAGUUAAUAUUCCGCAAAAAAGUAGUAAGUCUUUUAAGUUUUGCAUAUGGAAAUACACAACACGGUAGGUAGUUUUAAAUGACUUUAUUGUUUUUAGAAGUAUUCUCACGAAGAUUAAUAUACAUCUGCAUGUGCUCGAACCAAUUUUCGAAGCACUUAUUCCGCUCGUUUGCUGACAGAUCCAAAACGGCAUUUUUGAAUGCGUCAACUGCUUCUUCUGGUGACUGGAUCACCUCUGACCACGCAGUCUGUAUCUAAUUUUUAGGAGAGUAACGAAAUCAUUAGGACUUAGAUCGGGACUAUAUGGAGGAUGGUCCAAUAAUUCCACGUUUUCUUCCGUUAAAUACUGCCUUGUUUUUUGGGCUGCGUGCGAGCUUGCAUUGUCUUGGUGGAGGAUGAUUCUUCUUUCGGGGUUGAUUUUUGGCA